UAGACCCUGAAUCUAAUCAUCGGAUUGGCAGGAAAACUAUCAUUUUAUCGUGCCACUCUUCGCCUCAUGUGAGCUACCUAAACUUCCAUCAUAGAUAAAACUUGACUUUUGCCGAAUCACCAACUCGAUUUCGUUGAUUAUAACAGCCAGUGAUGAGUGAAAUCCAUAAGUGAUAACCGAAUUAAAGAUGAAUGCGUUAAUUAAAUUUGUUGUUCUGUUAAUCGCGUUGGCAGUAGGUAACGUAAUUUAUAAAAUAAAUAUUAAUGAGCCGGUAAAAGUGCCUCCGGAAACGUGGUGGGGGUCGGGAGAUCCUUCGAAAGAAGAUAGAAGUAUUGUUCCAUUCAAAAUUCAAGUGCCCAAUCAGGUUUUGGAAGACUUGAGACAAAGACUGAAAAAUGCUCGUGAAUUCGCGCCUCCUCUCGAAGGGGUUCACCAGCACUACGGCAUAAAUACAAACCUAUUAAAAGAAAUAGUCAAUUAUUGGCUCACGAAAUAUGACUGGAGAGAACGGGAGAAAUUCCUCAACCAAUACCCUCAGUUCAAAACAAACAUACAAGGCUUGGACAUCCAUUUUAUCCACGUUAAACCUAAAAAUAUACCCAAUGGGGUUAAAAUACAGCCUUUACUUCUUGUCCAUGGCUGGCCCGGUUCUGUUCGGGAGUUCUACGAGAUAAUUCCGCUCCUCACCACCGCCCAAAAAGACAAAAAAAUCGUUUUUGAAGUCAUUAUUCCAUCUUUGCCUGGGUAUGGAUUUUCACAAGCGACAGUUAGACCGGGUCUAGGAGCACAUCAAACGGCUGUGAUUUUUAAAAAUUUGAUGAAACGGCUAGGUUUUGAUAGCUACUAUGCCCAGGGGGGUGAUUGGGGUUCAGCCGUCGUGUCCGCAAUGGCGUAGUAUUACCCAGAUAGAGUCAAAGGGAUUCAUUUGAAUAUGUGUGUCUCGAACAGUCACUUGUCCAAGUUGAAGUUGCUUGCUGGAAGUGUGUGGCCAAGUUUGGUUGUCGAAGAGAAGCAUAAACACAAGUUAUAUCCACUGUCUAAAUAUUUCUCCAAUGUGUUGUUGGAAUUUGGUUAUAUGCAUCUUCAAGCCACUAAACCUGAUACUAUUGGUGUCGCUCUGAACGAUUCUCCUGUUGGAUUAUCAGCGUAUAUUUUUGAAAAGUUCACCACUUGGACUAAUCCGGAAUGGAAAAAUCGAGCCGAUGGAGGGUUAUUAGAAAGGUUCACUUAUGACAAAAUUCUAGACAACAUUAUGAUUUAUUGGGUAACCAAUUCGAUAACAACGUCUAUGCGAUUUUAUGCAGAAUCACUUAACAAAGAAAACAAUGUCUUUGAUGAUAGAGCGGUAAUCACUGUUCCUUCAGCUUGUGCUCUUUUUGACCAUGAAGUUAUUUAUCAACCUGUAUCCAUCUUCAAAGAUAGAUUUGCCAAACUGGUGCAAGUUAAUGAAUAUGAUGGUGGGCAUUUUGCCGCCUUUGAAGUUCCUAAAUCGCUAGCAAAAGAUAUAUGGUUAGCUGUUUCAAAGUUUGAAGAACCUCCAAAAUCAAACAAAUAAUAAGAAUUUUGUUUUUUGAUAUUUGAAUAAAUUUUGUACGAAAAUUUGUUUUACGAUUGAAAUUUGUUAAAAAAGCCAGAAAUAAUAAAUUUGUAUUUUUUGGA